GUCAGAAGAAAUUCAAUGCCCUAUGCAGGCGAAUUGACACCUAUUCAACAGUAGUGCAGCGGUUUGGUGUUUUAACAGAGUGUGAUUCAUUGUCAGCUGAAGACAUCAAUGCUUUAAUAUCAGCACUUGUUAAUGUCUAUCCACAUGACCUCUCUCCUAACUUUCCAAUGGAAUUUAGACAGUGCGGAUGUGCCUGUCUGUAAUGUCAACUAACCGCACUGGCAAACAUUCAUUUUCGCAAUUGAAACGCAUUAAAGACGUUUAGCAUUCAACCAUGUCUCAGCAGAGGCUAUGGAUGCUAGCACGUCUUUCAAUUGAAAGCGAUUUACUACACUACGUUGACAUUGACAAAGUCGUUGAUGAAUUCGCUGUUGCAAAAGCACGCCAAGUGGCAAUCUAGAUGAGUGUCGUUCACAAUGGGAGAUAGUGGCAAGCCAGGGAACAGGUGUGUGUUCCUGUUUAAGAGCCCAAAAGAGAAUGAAACAGACAAGUAUUCAGAGGUGCUGACGUCAGCAGGCUUCUCCCCGGUCGUAGUUCCCGUUCUGUCUUUCAAGUUCUGCAAUGAGACUGCCCUGCAGACCCACGUAGCUGCUCUGCAUCUCUUCUCCGCUGUCAUUUUCACCAGCACCAGAGCUGUAGAAGCUGUCCUCAGUGUCUCGACAGGUGAGCUUUCGAGGUUUGCGGACAUCACCUGUUUUGUGGUUGGUCAGGCGACUGCAUUGGCUGCCAAGAAAGCUGGCUUUGUUCCAACUGGAGAGGAGACAGGAAACGCAGAAGUGCUUUCACAACUGAUCAUAAAAUGCAGAGAUCCCCAAGACAAACGACCAAUGUUGUUUCCUUGCUCCAGUUUGAGGAGAGAUACACUUCCUGAUUCCUUGUCAAAACACGAUAUAUCUCUGACAGAAGUGGUCGCCUAUGAAACUUGUCCAAAUGAGGAGCUACAAGAUGUUCUACUCAAGAGCUUUGAAAACUAUGUAUGUUACCUUACUCAAGUGGGGUUUUUGAGGAUGUGGUCUGACUGGUUGUUAAUUAAGUUCAUUCUCUUUAUUCUUUUUAGUUUUAGUUUACAGCGCUCGCAACAGCCCAUUUACAAUUCUACUAUGCGUAAGAACAUGUUAACAUCCCCCCUUUGGGAAUGGCCUAAAGACAACUCCAGUCAGCAGCUCUGCCCUGAUGGGGGAUCUUUAUUCUUAAUAUCAACUAUUCUUUUUGGGGGACAAAAUACACAAAAUGUCUUGCAAUACUCAUAAAUCAUGUUCAUGUCACUGUCUCUGGAGCUCAUUUCAUAAAUUCAAAUAUAGCAAAGAGCAUAUAUUUUGUGAAUUGUACAAGGUUAUUGCUGAUAAAAGAAAUAGUGUUGAGGAAAUAGCGAAAAGCAUCAAAAGCUGACUUACUUUGUAGGUUAAAAAGUAAAUUUUUUUUUGGCGCUGCUCCUGCGGCGACAAGGUCGUGUUUACAUCGGCUCUGCUUGUUUUGGAGCUCUUUUACUGUUUCUGUUUGGACUGUAUGUCUGAAACUUUCCUUAUUCCAUUUCCAAAAAAGCAAGAACAGACAGAUAUAGAAAUUCAUUCGUACCAACUGCAGUGAG